CGUCACUAUCAUGCGACGCACAUGCCGAGGUAAAAGUGCAAGCUGCCAUUUUUUAGAAGGAAUCUUCCUGAUUAGUUAGCUAAGCAAAUUCGAACUGUGAGUUUUACCGUUGCUUUUAGCAGUUUUUUUCACCUACGGACGCACUGAAGAAAUAUUAUACUCAGAUACUGCAGGCGCAGGGUUUCUUCUGCUCGUAUUAUAGCGCUGACUAGCUCUUUGCUGCAGAUGGCUGCUUAGCUCGGUUGGCUAACGUUAGCCGUGGCUGUAAACAAACACUACAGAGCGUGAAGAAACUGUUGCUAGUAAGACAGAUCGCGCUCUGCAGGUCGUUUGAACGGGUCUAAUCAAGACUAACAGUACGUUAGAAACACGGCUUUACGAGGAGCGGGCUGCGGGGGGGCGGUUUGUUGCGACUGUCUACGCACAACUUCAGUUUUGAUGACAGUGCGAGUUUGUCUAAAUUAGCUCGGUGGCUUCGGAGCGGGUCGGGGUCAGUCGGGUCACAGCGGAAACGCGCACGCAGGCGGCGGCAUGGCGUCCUUCUCGGAGGCGGCCCUGGUGAAGAAGCUCUCGGAGCUGAGCAGCUCGCAGCAGAGCGUCCAGACGCUGUCUCUGUGGAUCAUCCACCACCGCAAACACUCGACCCCCAUCGUCAAAGUGUGGCACCGAGAGCUGAAGAAAGCAAAAAGCACCAGGAAGCUGACGUUCCUGUAUCUGGCCAAUGACGUCAUCCAGAACAGCAAGAAGAAAGGACCAGAGUUCACCAAAGACUUUGAGUCUGUCCUUGUUGAUGCCUGCUCUCAUGUUGCCAGUGAUGCAGAUGAGAACUGUAAAAAGCACAUGGAGAGACUACUGAACAUCUGGAAGGAGAGGAGCCUUUACAGAAGUGACUUCAUUCAGCAGCUCAAACUUGCUAUAGAGGACUCGAACAGCCCCAGGCCCGCAGAGGAGAAGAAGGCCGUGAAACGCAGCUAUCCAAAGAUCCAGGAGGAGGAAGACGAUGAGGACGAUGACUACAGAAGCCAUGCCUCCCCUCGUAACAAUGAUGCUUCUGCCGCCCAACUGACAGAGGAGCUGGUAAAGGCUCUGCAGGACUUGGAGAAUGCUGCAUCUGGUGAUGCAGCUGUUCGUCAGAAAAUCGCCUCACUACCACAGGAAGUCCAGGAUGUUUCCCUUCUAGAAAAGAUAACUGACAAGGAGGCAGCAGACAAGCUGUCGAAAACGGUGGAUGAAGCCUGUUUGCUGCUGGCAGAGUACAACGGGCGACUGGCUGCAGAGCUGGAGGAUCGAAGGCAGCUGGCACGCAUGUUGACAGAAUACAUUAGCAGCCAGAAGGAGGCGCUUACGGAGAGAGAGAAGAAACUAGAGGAGUAUAAGCAAAAACUUGCAAGAGUGACACAGGUGAGGAAAGAGCUCAAGUCCCACAUCCAGAGUCUACCUGAUCUCUCCCUCCUGCCCAACGUGACCGGGGGUUUGGCCCCACUCCCGUCAGCCGGAGACCUCUUCUCCACCGACUAAAACAUCUUUGCCCAGAGGCCGCACACGUCCCUUCUCACCCGAACCCAGCCCCAUGUUUGAGUCACACAUACUCACAGCUGUAUCUCCAGCCAGAGGACGCAUGUGUUCAAACCUGUCAAAGCAGAGUGUUCAUCCUACCUGCUAAAUCCAAACCUGCAGGACAAAUGACGGGACGUUAGGAGGAAGGUUUGGUGAAGUCGGAACUCUCUGUAGAGGCAAACAGAAACACUGUGAGUCUGAGUCUCUCCUGUACUCAUUUCAUCAUCAAGGAUUCCGCUCCACCAGCUCGGAAAUAAUUUGUUUCCUGUUAGUUUUUAAUGUUUUUUUUUAAUUGUGAAAAUGUCAGUGAUGCAGGGCGAGAGAAGGGACGGGGUGACGAAGAACAGCUUAGACGUGGUUCUUAGGUCGUGACUACACCAAGGAGGGUUCAUUAGUUGUAUGUUUUUGGCUUUCAGUUGACGGAUUUUCAUUGACACACAGUCAAAAGGUGGAUUGAUGCUGUGUGUCCAUUUAGAGAAGAUGUCACAUUGGGUUGUGUGUCAGCUUUUUGUUUCAUGAGCGCUGAUGGUUGACAGCUGUUACACAGCACACGUUUCAGUAACAUGUAAAAAGUUCACAAUUAAAAGAUUUAAACGACAGUAUGAUCCGGAAAAUUUAAAGUCAAUACACAAUCUAUGUUUUUUUUAGCGUUUUUCUCAGUUACAGACUAAACUGCAAUUCAUAGUUCCUCUUUGUUUUAAUGCUUCAUUUGAACGGGUGCUGCAAAUGUGAUAUUGAUUAUGAUUGUAUCAUGAGGUAGUAAAGGUUUGAGUUUUACAAAAAAAUCCUGUAAGUUUGAUUAAUGAAAGAAAAAAACUGCUUGGUCGUAGAAGAACAGCACAAAAUACUAAAAAGUGACGACAAUGGAAAUACAGUGUGAAGAGAACGACAUCAUGUCAUCACUGAGAAGUACCACAACAUCUGUUCUGGCGUAGAAAGAGGCGGACAUGCUGCCUGUGUGUUUAUUACACAUAGUAGUAACAGGACACUAUUUGGGUAUAUUGAUUGCAACAAUGUGACUAAAGUAUUAAACGCUUCUUCAGUGUGAGGAUUUUGACAGUUCCAAAAACACUCAUUGCUUUGAUUCAGAUUUUUACACCAAGAGAAGCAAAAACGACGUGUCUCAUUUGCUUUGCUCAUCUUUAAAUUCUACACAGAAAACGGAUGACAUGUCAGAUGUGCACUUAUUUUUGAAGCUGUGUCUCUCUCUGCUGGUGAGUUGUGUUCACUGUAGGUACAUUAUACUCUACCCACUGAGCUGACAGUUACUGCUGCAGAUCCUUGACAGAAAAAUCAGAUUUGACGGCAUCUUCUGGUUGGCUGGAAUAAAAACAUUUCAAACUGCAGGUAAAAAUGUGAAUCACAGCAGGAACAAUGUUAAACCAAA